AGUGCUUCUGGUAUCGAUAGUGCAUUGGAAGCUUUAACAUUGACCAAAAAAGCGGGUGCAGUCUCUGAUAAAGAUAUUGAUAGACAUCCAGAAAGAAGAUUCAAAGCUGCUUAUGCUGCAUUCGAAGAACAAAGAUUACCAGAAGCUAGAAAGGAAAACCCUGGUCUAAGAUUACAACAAGUUAAACAGCUACUUUUCAAGGAGUUUGAGAAAUCACCAGAAAAUCCAUUCAAUCAAGCUACUAAUCUUGCUCAUAAUGCUACACAAGAAGAUGUUGCUGCUUUGAAA